CACGAAAACCCUGCAAAUGUUAUUUACCAUUGAAUUUGACAGGUCAAAAGUUUUUGCAUUGUAAGAAAAUGCAACAUUCUCUGCUUCUUGAAAAUUACAAAAUGCUCGUCGAAUAAAAUGUCGGAACGGGAUGUAAACUAAACGAUUUAACAGGCAAGAGUUUGAGCAAUAAACGAACAUGAGUUUCAGUUACUUCUUGAUUUACAUAAUCGCUGUUCAAGUGGUUGAAAUCAAUUCUCGCACUUCGACAUUGUGGAAACUGAAUACUGAGAACGGCAAAAUUGUUAGCUUUUCCAAGAACGGACAGUCAUCCAAUGCUCUGUUCGACAAUGAUCCGAUCUUUGAAAUAAUAACAUCAACCGUAGCAUGCACCAGCAAUGGGAAUUCGAUAUGGAGUAAACAGCACGCUUUACCCAACAACAUUACAUUAGACGACGAUUCCAAAUUGUCACAAUUGUCAAGGACAACAAAAAAUGGACAACAGGAAGAACCAGUGGAAACACUCACCUGUGUUCCGGUCAAUUUUACUUACUACGAUGAACUAAUUGGUAUUGCUCAAAGAUUUAGUCAUCCCAUAACGCCGGAACCGGAGGUUGCCUACCUGUUCAUGAAGAAAAAGGAGUACAAAUACUUAAAGAAUUUCGACGUUCAGUCGUUGGAGCGACGCUUGCUGAAAGCGAAACGUGACAAUCCGCGUUCCGUUCAGCUGUACAAUCAGAUCGGUAAUUUCUGGCGCAUAAAAGGUGACACAAAACAGGCAAUUGAAUGUUUUCGCAAAGCGCUUGCUAUAACGCCGACUAAUUCGGAUGUUUUGUUGAAUUUGGCUCGUGUUCUAUUUCACAUGCAGUAUUUAGAUGAUGCGAUACAUCUAACAAGAAGAUCGUUGGAAGUUCAAACGCCCGACCGUAGCGCAUGGCGUCAAUAUUUUACGUUGGGCGAAAUUUUUAAAGCUUAUGGACAUUUUCAAGAAUCAAUUUUACAUCUAAAGCAUGCACUAGAACUGCAUCCGAAUCAUGAACUUAUAAGCAAAGCUUUGCGAGAUGUUGAGAAUAUACCGCCAGCUUCAACUCUUCACAUUUACACAAUAAUUAUCAUCGUUUGUUUGGUAAUGAGUGUCCUAUUUGUCAUACUGUCGACAAGUGACAACUCGACAAACUGCUCCGAUGUGACUGAACCAAAGACUCAUCGACAUUUUAAUCGUGCCAUGGCAAUGCGAUCACUUAAAGGCAUUACUUCGCGAUCAACCAAAUAUAAGAAAUAAUUUUUUUUCCGAAUUUUUUUUAAUUCAUUUUUUUUACACAAUGAAUGUGAUAAUUUUACUAUUUAGAAUUGCUAUAAAAAACAGAUGAAAAAAAAUGAAAAUUAAUUGUCAAGUUAUAUUAAUUGUACGAAACAUACUCGUUUUGCUCUCUUUAUCUUUGAAAAAAAUAAAUGAAACGAAGAAAAAAAUAUUGAAAAUAAAUGAACACACCGCCAUAACUGACAAAAUUCACGA